UUGUAGACACAUGUGGAUCUAGUGUUCUAAUGUUUAUAUAUUUCUUAUAAAUAACAAAAAUAAUAAUUAAUAAUAACAAUGACGUCAGAUACUGAGGAAACUAAUCUUUUAGAAGACAAUGAUCAAAUACAAAUACGUAAAGAACUAUCGCACAUGAGUUUUGAAGAACUGCACAAAUUAAAAGACAAAGUUGGCGCCAAAAUUUACAACGAAGCGCUUUUUGGAAAAAAAAAUCCUAAAAAACGUGAAUUUAAAAAAAAUACAUACAGGAAUUUAAAUGAUGACCGACCUGUCGAAGUAUCUGCCAAAAAAAAAGUAUCACGACUUAUGAAUGUGAUUUCUGUGAAAAAACCUACGGCAAGGGAUCCUAGAUUUGACAGACUCUGUGGUGAAUUUAAUGAAAAGGCUUUCAAAAAUUCCUACAGCUUUGUCACGAAGCUCAAGGAGAAUGACAUAAAAGCGCUGAAAAAAGAGCUAAAGUCCUCGCAAGAUCCUGAAGAGAUUAAAAAAAUAAAAUAUUUAAUUCAAAGGUUGGAGAAUCAGUUGAGAGAAGAAGCCAGGAAGCAGAAACGUGAGGAAUCCCAACAAGCUGAGAAAAAAGAAAUUGUUGAGGCGAUAAAAAAGGGCGAGAAGCCGCAAUUUAAAAAGAAGUCUGAGAAAAAAAUUAUUGAUCUGGUAUCGCAGUAUGAGGAGUUGAAAAAUUCGGGGAAAUUGAAAAAACACAUACAGAGAUUGAAGAAAAAGAGAGCCAGUAAAGAUAGAAAAAAAUUAACUCAUGAAAAUGAUGACAUGGAUGAUUAAUUGUACUAUAUAAUAAUAAUAUAUAUUAUAUUCUUAAACUAGACUUGUAAUUUUUUAUUGUUAAAUAAAUAAUGCAAUAUUUAUUGUAUUUCAUAAUUCAUAAAUGA